AUGUCACCUAAGAAGCCUCUCCAGAAGGCAACUGUCAUCAGAACUGCUUGCGAGCAUCAAAGUCAGGCUCCGGCUCGAGCCGACAAGAGUGUUCUAGAAAAAAUCCAAAAAUGUCUGAAUCGUGCAUAUCACGCCAAGGCAUCGGAAGCAGAAGCCAAAACCGCGCUCUUCAUAUCUCAGAAACUCAUGAGUGAGCAUAAUGUGGCUCAAGCAGAUCUCAUUGCUCACGAUGAUAGAAGCAACAAAGUGUGCUACGGUGGGCGGAGUAUCGUUCGCAUUGAAAAAGUGGCUCAUCGCGGAGGCUUUUCGACCGAUUUUGGUAUCUCUGUGGAAUGGUCAUUCUUCGGAAUUGCUAGCAACACGGUUGCCGCAGCAAUAGCCUUUGAAAUGGCACACAAUCUGAUCUUGGAAUGGGGAUGUGUCUACAAAGGGGGUGCACCUACUUUCAGCUACCGUCUCGGCGUGGCAGACGGACUUCAGACUAUGGCCAAUCGCGAAAAGCAAAAUGAGCUUGCGGAAGUCCAGCGCAAUGAACUAGAUUCGGUCGCAGCAAGAAGUCUCGAGGAAGAAAAAGAGCUCCAGCGAGAGUUGGACAUGGUAGCGGAACUCUCUGCCGAAGCCAAGAGCACAUCAGACCAAGACGACGAGGAUAUGGCCUCAUUGAAAUUUGAAUCUGACAACGAGAACAACAGCGAUUCCAAUGACAUUGAUGGAUGGAACAUCAAAGCCGAUUUCAGCACGGACGAUUUGCAAACUAUCGAUCUAUGUGAUGACGUGGACGAGAACAUUGAGACGUAUAUGAAGCGGGAGCCGACCAAGCCACCAAAUCCCAACGAAAUCCCCGAAUCUCUGGCUGAGCUUGCUAGAAAGGUGGAACCCGAGACUAAGCCUCCAACGCCAAUGGCAUCUUGUUGGAAAUCUCAGAUGCAGCUCGUUCGCUUUCGGGCAACAUCAGAGCAGGUUGCGGAUGAUUAUCUAGCGCAGCAUAAGAUUAAGCUACGCAGUGGAAGGAAACGGAAAUCAACCAUUCGAGAUAAAGAUUCCUAUCAUCGGGGACAGCAGGACAGUUCAAAAAUUAAUGUCCGCCAAACAGCGCUGGCAUGA